GAUGUUAAUAGAGUCUAGAUGCUACUUUGAAGAUGUAGUCUGACUGAUUCAAGAUUCUAUGACCAGAUAGCUAGUCCCAAUUACUUAAAUUGCAUUCUUUUGUGAGGCUUGUUACUUUGAGGAAGGCAGCCGGUAAUCAUGCCCGGAGCAUUGAAGAAACCUCUCUACAUCAGCUCCUCCAUUGAGGAACUCAACAAGAAGGUGGACCAGAACAUAACCAAGGGACAAACUUCAAAAAUAUUGGCCAGAUCAGCUAACAAGGUAUUCGUUGAGGCAGAAAAAGCUGAUAAAAACCUUGAUGAGGAACGUGCCUAUGUUCUGUUCAUGAAGUACCUCACACUAUGGAAAGCUGUUCAGAAGGCAAAAGAUUAUAAGUCAAACAAGGAUUAUAUUGAUACUCUCAUUGGUAAGGCAGGAUGCAGAAAGGCUAUAGAUAAGGCAGAGGAACUCUCAGCAUCAUUGACCUUGAGGUACAAUGAGCUAGAGGAAGCAAAGGAAGCAAGUAAGAAACUAGAAGAGGAGAAGGAGAAAGUGAAAACAAAUGGUUUGAAGGAUGGCAAGUCCAAAGAUGGAGAGGAAGGUUCAGUGGAGAAUGGAGUUCCAGAGGAGGAAAAGAAAAGAGAAUUUGGAAAAGAUGGUGUGGUGACUGCCAUUGAGCUCUAUCAUGAACUGGUGAGCAACACAAAUUCAGUCCUGAUCAUGGACGUCCGUCGAUCUGACCAUUUCAAAGACUCUCACAUGACCAUCGGAGAGUGUAUGAGCAUUCCAGCCGAGAUUCUGAAACCUGGAACGACUGCUGCUACACUGGAGAAGGGUUUAGGAGAGGAAGCCAAGGCUAUGUGGAGAAAGAGAACUGACAUGGAGUCCAUUGUACUCGUAGACUGGGACCAAUGCCAGAAUACAGACUCCACUCUUGCCAUCGUUCAAACUGCCAUGGUUAAGUGGGACUGGAGUACUACAUACAAGAAUCCAUCGCUGGUACUAAAGGGUGGAUAUGAGGAUUGGCUCUUCAAAUAUCCUAUGUAUACAAACAAUCCUCAUGCAAAGAAACCUAUAGAGAAAGGAGAAGAGACCAAGGAUUUGUUGGAUUUUGAUUACCCUGUAUUUGAAGAUGAAAAGCCACUGCCAAUGGCCCUCCCUCCUCAGCAACUGAACAAUGCACCAACAAGUCAGGCACCAUCAGUGCAGAAUGGCAAUGACAACGGUAUCCACCAGGACAGGAUGUUCUUCAUCUCUGGGAAACCUGGCCAGACUAGUCAGCCCGGCCAAAGGCCGGUAGUCGAUCGAUCCGUGAAGCCUGGUGCAACCAAACCUGAUCCACCUGCUCCUAGUAGAGAUCAGAUAGACUUAUCAAGAGACAAACCUAUAUCAACACCCACUCCUGUAGCUAAUCAAAUCAAUAAUAACCUAGAGAACAAGACGGUGCCACCGACAUCAAAUCUUGCCAACAGUGAACCUGCAGUGAGUACUGCGAAGCCAGCUCCUGCAAUGCCGGCUGUCAAUCGCAAUCUGAAACCCAAGGUUGAUAACAAAGUAGCGAACAUCAAUGUUAAAGAGUUAAGUGAUUCCACUGCUCAAAGUUCAAAUGCCUCUGUGAAUAUCAAUAUCAAUAAGCCAAGGACUGAGCCAAGAGAUGAUAGUACUAUGUCCAUGAAGGAUCCUUCAGUGGAGGCAAGCAUGAAAUCGGAUGUACACUUAGAAGAGCUCAAAAAGAAAGAAGAGCAGGCUAGGAAUGACUUGAACAAGAUGCGUUAUGACAAGACGAAAGCUGAAAAUGAAAAACUCAAAGAAGAAAAGCUCGAAAUGGAGAAGAACCUUCUGAAACUACAGCAAGAGCUUGCAGAAGCCAAAGCAAGACAAGAACAACGGAAGAGAACACCCCAGAAGACCUCCUCACCAAGCCAUACUGCACAGUCUCCAUCUCCUGUGGCUGGGAGUCAGGAUGCUCCUGAUUCUGCUAGCAGUUCCAGCAAUGCUACCACAAAGACUGUUAACUCCACACCAUCUCCAAGCAAGGAGACAUCAGAUAGUAAGUCUAAGGAGCCUGCCGCUGAUAGGAAUGCUGUGCAACCCAAUCAAAAUUCAAAUGCUGCCACAGCAAAGAAAUCGGCUUCAGGAGCUUCUUUAGGAGAGGCCAGCACCUCAUCAAGUACUUCAUCAUCGGCUUCUUCACCGCCUGUAACAAAAGCAGCUGCAACUGCUCCAGCUUUGCCUAAGGGUUGGGAGAAACGAUUUGAUGAGAAGAGUAAACGCUAUUUCUAUAUUGAUCAUAACACUAACACGACCCAAUGGCACCCACCAGGGGAACCAUCCCCUAAGCCUGUGGCAACCGAAGCCAAAGGAUCUAUCCAUGGUCCCACUACAGCAGUGGCUACAUCAAAGCCCAAAGGUGAAAGCCCAUCAUCACGACCUUCUGGUCAGGUGACCCGCAAACCUCUCAAGUCCGACUCGGUCGAGCCUUCUGCCAAGUCAGGUGGUCUCAAGAGAUCCUUCUCCUCACCCAACAUCGCCCAGAUGGUGAUGAAUGAAGGUGAAGCAAGUGUUUCUAAACCAUUUCCAUCAGUGGAUAGGAAUACUAAACCAGUGGAGAGGCCACCACAGGUAAUAUCCCAGACUACUCACAGUAGAGUCCGUCAUCUCAAUCCAGUGCAUGGGAGCCAAGGUCGUGCAUUGACUGGUCUACGAAACCUUGGUAACACCUGCUUCAUGAACUCUGUGAUCCAGUGUCUAAGUAACACUACACCACUUGCCAAGUACUUCAUCAAAGAAACCUACCUGCGUGAUAUCAAUAGAGCUAAUCCCUUGGGGAGGGGUGGUGAAGUGGCCGAAGAGUUUGCAGUGGUGGUCACUGCACUGUGGUCAGGUCUGUAUCGGUCAAUCGCACCAAGAGAUCUUAGAGACACUGUCACCAAGUAUGUACCUGAAUUCAGAAAGCAUGUUGGUCACCAUCAUGAUUCACAAGAGUUUCUUCUAUUCCUCAUGGAUGGGCUCCAUGAAGAUUUGAAUGAGGUCAAGAAACGAGAGUACAUCAAGGAAGAAGACUUCAGCAAGUAUGCAGAUGAUCAGGCUGCCACUCUCUCCUGGCGGAACCAUGACAAGCUCAACAGGUCUAUCAUCGUGAGUCUAUUCCAGGGUCAGUUCAAGUCCACAGUCCAGUGUCUAUCGUGUAACAACAUAUCGGUGAAGUUUGAGGCAUUCAUGUAUCUAUCUCUGCCCAUACCAUCAAACAGCAGGUGUACCCUCAAUGAUUGCCUGCAGAGAUUCUCACAGCCAGAGAAACUUGCCGGAGACAACGCCACACACUGCACACGCUGUAAAGGAAAACGAAACUCAAAGAAAACCAUUCUUAUCUGGAAACUGCCUAACAUACUCCUUAUACAUCUCAAGCGUUUCUAUUAUGAAGGCAUGUGGCGACAGAAGCUGCAGACCAAUGUUGAUUUUCCCAAUGAGCUCACGGUGGAUCGCUACGUGAUUGGUCCUAAACGCAAAGAUACAUAUCAGCUCUAUGGUGUCUCAAAUCACUCUGGAACUCUCGAUGGUGGACAUUACACUGCAUGUUGUAGAAAUGCUGCUAAUAAAAGAUGGUACAAAUAUGAUGAUCAUGAAGUCUAUGAUGCCUCACAGAGUAGUAUAAAGAGUUCCGCAGCUUACAUUCUCUUUUAUUCAUCUAUACCCCUGUCUCCUCCAUGAGUGGAAUCAGCCAAGGAUACAUGUCACUCAUCUGUUUAGAGCCAUCUAUUGUUGGUGCAGGAUAUCUUGCUGGCCUGCCAAAGAUUGGCAAAUGUUACAUGGAGAGCAAUGAACAAGCUCUCAAGAUGUAGCACUGUCUAUGAACGAAUAGACGUUGGGAUCUUAUUGAAUACUUGAUUGUGCUCCUUUCAAUGAUAUUCUACUUUUCUGUAAUAUUAAUCCUUUCUUACCAUAUCUCCCUGGCUCUUUUGCUUAUAUACAUUAUGAGCUUUCACAUUCUCUUCAUGUCAUUUAAAACUUUAGAAUUACAUGGCAAAAAAGGUCCAUUGUAGUAAUUGCUCUAAUGCAUUUGUAUUGGAAAUGAAAAUACAUGAGACUAUUGGAGCUGAACAUUCCUUCCUGCCUUGUUUGUGGUGACUGUGGGUCUAUGUACUUGUGCAGGGCAACUAGAUGUUGGAGGAAGUGAAAAUAUUUUUAAUCGAUUCAACAAUCCCUGUAUUUCACACAAAGCAUGUGUGUUUACAUCCAAGUUAUCUUAUUAUUGCUUUGAAGUACUCUUUUUUACUUGAGAAUCACAUAAUGAAACUUAACUAUCCCUUUUAUUAUAGGUUCUUCCAAAUUCUCUCUCCAUUAACUCACCCCCUUCCUCUCUCUCUCUUUCUAUCAUUCUCCCUUGCCACCAUACUCAUUUCCUUUUUUUUUGUAUGAAGUGAAUUGCCAAUCAGGGUUAGAUUUUUUUAUUUCAUAGGGCAAAUAAUUCUUGUGUCGAUGAUAUAUAGGUUUUUUUUUACAUGUAGGAUGUCAUUUAAUCUAAUUACCCUAAUAUGCUUAAAACAACUAUAUUAAGAUUUUUCUAGUUCCCAAGGUCCUUGGUUUCAGCUGAAUGAUUUUUUUUCUUCUGAAUUUUAAUCUGUAGACUAGAAAUUCCUCCUUUCCAUAUUUUCUAGAACUUUGUUUUGACCUAAAAAUAAGUUUUAUUUAGAUUUUUUUUAUGUGACAAACAAUUGAAAAUAAAUGCAAUAUUUGUAAUAUCAAAAAUCAAACACAUUAUCUGUAUAUC